GUAGUGUUAGUAUUGAAUCGAUUUAUUUUUCCCCUUGUCCUGUUUUAUUCACAUAACUUGGAUAUGUGUGAUAAUGAGUUUUGGGUCGACACAAAAACUUGCGGUAUCACCCAUCCCGUGCACUGAAGCGCAGUCUCGGGAAUCCCCGGCUCCUCUCGGCAUUUUCCGCCGCUCUUCGGCCAAUAAACCAGCACAGCUGAUUAGCCUGCUGCCGAUUAGCAUGCUGCUUCUCCCCAGCCCGCACCGCUCUGUCGCCUAUUAUCUCGUGUGUUCCUCGCCGCGGCGGAUGGCACGGAUGUGGUAAACAAAUGGCAGAUGUCGAGGGACAAUUGGGGUGUCGUUCGUCGCUCACUCAACACUCGGCGAGUCACGGCACUGGGAGCGGCAAUGUUACGCCGGACGCCGGCGGCGGCGGCGGCUUCCGGAGCCCAGGAAACGACGUCACUGCGGGACCGCGCCUCGUCCGAAUUGUGAAGUCCGACUCGGGCUAUGGCUUCAACGUGCGCGGCCAAGUCAGCGAAGGGGGCCAACUCCGAAGCAUCAACGGGGAGCUGUACGCUCCGCUGCAGCAUGUCAGCGCCGUCUUACCCGGGGGUGCCGCCGACAGAGCCGGCAUAUCAAAGGGGGACAGGAUCCUUCAAGUUAACGGAGUGAACGUGGAGGGCGUGACGCACAAGAAGGUCGUGGAUCUGAUCCGGGCCGGCAAUAGCGAGCUGGUUCUGGCUGUGCUCUCAGUCCCGCCUCAGGAAGCGGACUGCCUGGACCUAGGAGACGACAGCUCGGCCCAGUUCUGCUACGACUACUCAGACAAGCAGGCCGUUCCCAUCUCUGUGCCCAGCUACAAACACACUGAGCUCAACCAGGAGAAGUUUGUGGUAUAUAAUGUCUACAUGGCGGGAAGGCAGCUGUGCGCCAAACGCUACCGGGAGUUUGUGAUUCUUCACCAAAACCUCAAGAAAGAGUUUGCUAACUUCACGUUCCCCAAGCUCCCCGGGAAAUGGCCAUUUACUCUGUCGGAACAGCAGCUUGAUGCACGGCGUAGAGGCCUUGAGGAAUAUCUCGAGAGAGUGUGCUCUGUGAGGGUUAUUGGGGAAAGCGACAUCAUGCAAGAAUUCCUGUCAGAGUCGGAUGAGAACUAUAACGGAGUGUGGGAUGUGGAGUUGAGAAUAGCAAUGCCUGAUCAGACCACACUCACUGUGCGGGUUCGCAAAAAUUCCACCACAGACCAUGUCUACCAGGCUGUCGUCAUGAAACUAGGGAUGGAUAGCGUCACGGCCAGCUACUUUGCACUGUUUGAGGUCAUCAACCACACCUUCUUACGCAAACUCGCCCCCAACGAGUUCCCCCACAAGCUGUACGUGCAGAACUAUACCUCGGCAAUCCCAGGAACCUGCCUCACCCUGCGGAAGUGGCUCUUCACUACGGAGGAGGAGAACUUGCUCAAUGACAACCAACUUGCCGUCUGUUACUUCUUCCACCAGGCUGUGGAGGAAGUGACGAAAGGUUCCGUCAAAGUGGAGCAGAAGUCCUAUCAGCUACAAAAGCUGGCAGAGCAGCAGAAGAUGUCCAUGUAUCUGAAUCUGUUGAGGGGCUGCGAAGGCUACAAUGAAAUCUUGUUCCCUCACUGCUCCUGUGACUCCAGACGCAAGGGCCACGUCAUUGCGGCCAUCAGCAUUCAGCACUUCAAGCUGCAUGCCUGCACCGAGGAGGGGACACUCGAGAACCAGGCGAUAGCCUUUGAGUGGGGGGAGAUGCAGAGGUGGGACGCGGACGAAGAGGGCAUGGCCUUUUGCUUUGAGUAUGCGCGCGGGGAGAAGAAACCACGCUGGGUGAAGAUUUUUACACCUUAUUUCAACUACUUGCAUGAAUGCUUCGAGAGAGUUUUCUGCGAGCUAAAGUGGAAGAAGGAGGUGGAGGAGGAGGCCACAGACCAAAACAACAGGAACUGCUCCAACGACGGCAUGUGCGGCAAGAAUAUCUUCCAGCUGUUGAGACAUCGAAGGGAUGGAGGCGCCCGGCGAGAGAGAUUGUUACCUCUUGACCACACGCCAGCAUCCCCCACUCUGCUUAGCCCGGCACUUCUGUAAAAACUCAAGAGACAUACAAGUCAGCAUUUACGCUACUCUCCACUCCACAUUCAUGCGAACAUCUGCAAAAGAACAAAGCAUAUAGUGAACUCCUGCACAUAGUCAGGAAGGACUUGAGUGAAACAUGGACAAAGCGAGGUAAGUCAACCUCAUAGACUAAAACCACAGUCCUUACUGGAUGGAAAAAGGGAAACAGUUGACAAGGAAUCAUCAAGCAGCGGAACAUUUUGUCAAUCAAUUGUUUAGUUGUGUAUUGUGUAUAGGAGAAGAUGGGAAGAUGUGAGCACACAGACCUUUAAAAUGGCACCACACUCUAUCUACAAAUGUUUAAAACCUACAAAUGUGUGAGGUGACAUUUUUGAUGGUUAUAGUAAACGCUUUAAAACUUCUUUUUUUUUUAAAUGCACCUCCUAGAAACUGCUGCCCUGGGCAAUUGUCUUGCACCGCCAGUGCGCAUGAAUAUGCACACCCUAUACGACUGAAGCACCUUUUGGCUCACAACAAAAUAUUAUUUCGCAUGGACUUAAAGGUUCCAUAUUACAGUAUUUUUCAGCAAUGUUAAGCAAGUCUAAGAAGUCACACAAGAUUGUAUUGUCCAAAAUGUCUUCUUGAUGCUGAAAUUUAGACAUGUUGAUAGUGCUUUAGUGUGUGUCUUUAGCUUUAAUGCUAACGCAUUGUUUGUCCACGCCUGUCUCCAAGAAGCACUAUUGUGCACUUUAUCCACUUUUGACAUAUACACUGUAACUCUGCACUUAAAGGGGAACUGCACUUGUUUGUGGAAUUUUGCCUAUCGUUCACAAUCCUUGUGAAAAACAUGUUUUUUUGGUUGUUUUUUUUAAUGCAUUCUAAAUAGUUAAUAAAUGCUAUCAAAAGUCUGCUUACAAUUGAGCCUAUAGGAGUCGCCCUUAAAAAAACAUUCAGACAUCUCCAAUAAGGUUUUAUAUGCAUGCUGUUAGUAGGCACAUUAUAGUAAUAUUCACUUUUUUAGAAUCACUGAUUACUGCUCAUUGCAGACUUCAUUAGAGCCAACAAACAUAAUAAAACAUCACUUAGUGUACAAAGUCAGCUGUCAUUAGGAUGCAGUCUGAUAGAUGUUCAUAUAUUCAUAUUUAGAUGAAGAAUGACUAAUAAUCUUUGUGAAGAAACGGGGGGUGGAACCAAGCGUCUUUUUGUGUCGUUCUCUCCAUUUCCGGGUAUACAUUGGAUGUCAAAGUGUACCAACUUGCCAGAAUACGUCCUCAUCCUUCUACUAUCAAAGUGAGAGGUAUGAUUUAUGAUAGAGCUGGGCGAUACGGAUCAAAACUGUUAUCGCUGUAUUGUUAGUCCAAAUACUGGUAUACGGUAUAUGCCGGUAUCUUAUAAAAACGUUGCCUUAGUGUUUUACGGCUAGAUAACCAGUGUUGAGCGUACUCAGAUUAUUUUUGUUGUAAGCAGUUACGUAACGUGUUGUUUAUUCUCAAAACAUAAUUAGUUAGCCGUUAACUAUGUCGAAGCAUUUUUCGUUCAGUUGUUCAUCAAUGUUAGCCUCACACGUGCGCGGACAAAUGGAGCUUUUACUUGCUCACUGCAGUGAAAGCCGCUGGCUGUUAAGUUUCAAACUACUUUUCAGCCACCCAGCCGCUACACUACAGUAUCUUAGUCUGCAUGGGCUAUGGGAAGAGGCACUUUUAAAAAGAGUUGGAGUUAGACAUGUGACACACCGAGCGAGCAGCAGAGAGUAGCUAUCGUUAGCUUCUGUGUUAUGUCGCUAACAGUAGUGAACAACAUUAGCAGAGGAGAUUAGUGAAAAUCGCUACAAGGAGAGCUAUAGGUUCUAAAGCAAAUUUGUGUAAGUGUAAAUAAAGCUGUCGUAACUCACCAAUCGCCAAAUGCAGUCGCUUUCCAAAGCAUUGCAUAACUCGGGAGUCGAGAAGUUGGCAUUUAACAUUGACAUUGACAAGUUGACAUUUUUUUUUUUUUUUUAACUUUGAUGCACGUUAUCAUCAGACAAGCGGUGGGGGCGGGGGUGAGCCAAAGAGGAUGCCCUGUGCUUCGCCUUUCAGGCGCAGAAAAGAGCAAACGGCGUAACAAAGGCACAUCAAAAAUAUGAUCUCAAAUACAUACCGCUUUCUAAAAUAUACCAGUAUUAACUAUAUUACCGCCCAGUCCUAAUUUAUGAUUUAUAAUAAAGUUUGACUAGCAAGAAAACGAGGAAGCAGCUUAUUAGUCACUUUAUUCACAAGCUUGCGACCACGGCGCCGCUAUGAAUAGUUUGUCUGCGUUAGCGUUUAUGAUAACAAUAUCACUAAUACUAGGUUAAUAUUAAAGUCACAAAUUGUAAAUAGAGCUUUGUUGGCUUUUUUGGGACGUUUUUUUAUUGGGUUUUAUUGGCAAAUUUAGAGUACCUCACAUUGGCUCUGCUGUAAGCAGACUUUUAUUUACAAGUUGGGAAGUUAUGAAAAGUGUUUUUUUUUGGGGUUUUUUAAAAACAUUUGUCGCCAUGUCUGUUAUAAUAAUUAUGACAAUAACCAAAAUGCUCCAAAAAGUGCAGGUCGCCUUUAGUAAAUGUCAUAUAUCGCAUACUAGGUCUGUCUUCAAAUAGUCGAAGACUCUAAUUGGAGAUGUCUGAUAUUGAACCCCCCUGUCCCCUCAGUGGAAGGAGGGCAAGUUAAAGGGGAACUGCACUUUUUGGGGGGAAAUUUGCUGAUUCACAAUCCCUUUGUAAUACAAACCCCGUUUCCAUAUGAGUUGAGAAAUUGUGUUGGAUGUAAAUAUAAACGGAAUACAAUGAUUUGCAAAUCAUUUGCAACCCAUAUUCAGUUGAAUAUGCUACAAAGACAACAUAUUUGAUGUUCAAACUGAUAAACAUUUUUUUUUGCAAAUAAUCAUUAACUUUAGAAUUUGAUGCCAGCAACACGUGACAGAGAAGUUGGGAAAGGUGGCAAUAAAUACUGAUAAAGUUGAGGAAUUCUCAUCAAACACUUAUUUGGAACAUCCCACAGGUGAACAGGCAAAUUGGGAACAGGUGGGUGCCAUGAUUGGGUAUAAAAGUAGAUUCCUUGAAAUGCUUAGUCAUUCACAAACAAGGAUGGGGCGGGGGUCACCACUUUGUCAACAAAUGCGUGAGCAAAUUGUUGAACAGUUUAAGAAAAACCUUUCUCAACCAGCUAUUGCAAGGAAUUUAGGGAUUUCACCAUCUACGGUCCGUAAUAUCAUCAAAGGGUUCAGAGAAUCUGGAAAAAUCACUGCACGUAAGCAGCUAAGCCUGUGACCUUCGAUCCCUCAGGCUGUACUGCAUCAACAAGCGACAUCAGUGUGUAAAGGAUAUCACCACAUGGGCUCAGGAACACUUCAGAAAACCACUGUCAGUAACUACAGUUGGUCGCUACAUCAGUAAGUGCAAGUUAAAACUCUCCUAUGCAGGGCAAAAACCGUUUAUCAACAACAUCCAGAAACGCCGUCGGCUUCGCUGGGCCUGAGCUCAUCUAAGAUGGACUGAUGCAAAGUGGAAAAGUGUUCUGUGGUCUGACGAGUCCACAUUUCAAAUUGUUUUUGGAAACUGUGGACGUCGUGUCCUCCGGACCAAAGAGGAAAAGAACCAUCCGGAUUGUUAUAGGCGCAAAAUUGAAAAGCCAGCAUCUGUGAUGGUAUGGGGGUGUAUUAAUGCCCAAGACAUGGGUAAUUUACACAUCUGUGAAGGCGCCAUUAAUGCUGAAAGGUACAUACAGGUUUUGGAGCAACAUAUGUUGCCAUCCAAGCAACGUUACCAUGGACGCCCCUGCUUAUUUCAGCAAGACAAUUCCAAGCCACGUGUUACAUCAAUGUGGCUUCAUAGUAAAAGAGUGCGGGUACUAGACUGGCCUGCCUAUAGUCCAGACCUGUCUACCAUUGAAAAUGUGUGGCACAUUAUGAAGCCUAAAAUACCACAACGGAGACCCCCGGACUGUUGAACAACUUAAGCUGUACAUUAAGCAAGAAUGGGAAAGAAUUCCACCUGAGAAGCUUAAAAAAUGUGUCUCCUCAGUUCCCAAACGUUUACUGAGUGUUGUUAAAAGAAAAGGCCAUGUAACACAGUGGUGAACAUGCCCUUUACCAACUACUUUGGCACGUGUUGCAGCCAUGAAAUUCUAUGUUAAUUUAUAUUUGCAAAAAAAAAAAAAAGUUUAUGAGUUUGAACAUCAAAUAUCUUGUCUUUGUAGUGC